AUGAGGCACAGCACAGUGACACGGUACUACUGGUCGCGGUAUCGCAUACCGUCGCAGAUGCCAAAGUUCGACGGACCGGCGCCCGUGGCAGCCCCACAAAACAUGAAUAGCACCAAGACCAACGAGUUCAUCGACCCCAUCGACGACAAAUUUCCUGUUUCCAUCCGCGGCAAUUUAGUGCGGCCCGAUGUGCCGGAGGAUCAGUACGUCGAUAGCUGGUACGUGUGCACGUCCAUGACGCACCAUCUCGGCGACUUUCGACCAUGGAGUGCCAGCGCGCCGGCCAACGCCUACCGUUUCCGCCCGUACAACGAGUUCGACUCAAAAGGGCGCGAAUACGUUGAGCACCUGCGCAAAUUUAGCCGCUACACGCCACAGGCGUCGCGGGGAAAGGGUGCCAAGGGGUUUCCCUUCCGUGAGGCAUUCUUGACGAAGAUGAACACCACCGAGACGGCCUCCGUGCACCCAACACGCGAAACGAUCAUGACUCGUGCCGUCGCCGAGCGUCUGCAUCACGCCAGGGUGCUGAGUCCGCUCGAGGUGCAGCGGGACGUCGGCCGACUAGAGGAGCCCCUGUCAUGCGCGGGCAAGAUCCCAGCUGAGCGCUCCGCCUUCCCCUUUCGCUGGAACACGGAGGACUGGUACGAAUACGAGGUGGCCAAGGCACGCAACAAGCGCUUCGUUUUCGAGAACACGAACAACAACGGCGUCGGUGCGUCGGAGGUGACGUAUCGCAUUGUGCUGGAGGGGUACUGGGACCACCACGUGAUGAAACUUGCCGACGACGUGGUGAUGUUUCUCAAGGAUGUGGGGCGCCAGGUGGUGGAGGAAAAACUUAAAAGCGUGCGCGCAAACCUUGAGGGCUUGUCGAGCGGUGGCGGCGUUGACCCGGACCUGGUUGCGACUUUUAAUGCCUCGCUGAAGGGCCCCUUUGGCGGCCCUGACCGCUACGACGCAGAGGAGGUGGCGCAUUUUUUGCGCACCGAGCUGGAGCGUCUGGAGGAGCAGUGUGUGGGCCUCAUCAACCGCGCGAAUGUUCCCAUUCCGGGUACGUCGAACAUUUACGAUGCAAAUGUGUCGUGGCCACACGUGGAGAAGAUGGAGCCGUGGACCCGGCUGGCCGAGUUCUGGACGUCCUCCUCGGACACUUCCUUCACCGAGCUGGAGAUGUCCACGGCGCACUACGAAUUUCGCAAGCACUUCCGUGUCGUGGUGGUGAAAAUGCCGUUUCAGAGCACCGAGUUCGAGCAGCGGAUGUACGGCAUGCGUCACUGGCUGCACCGCCAGACAAGCUGCGAGUUUCACACAACAUACAAGCGCAACGUCGUGCACGACAGCGCCGUCUUUCCAACUGAGCAUGACCCGGAGACGAAGCCGUCGCACGAGCACCACCGACUCUUUUCCUUUGCACUCGACUGGCAGAGCGCACCCGUGGAUUAUCUGAGCGUCGAACUGGCCCGAGAGGGUGAUAGCUGGGCAUCUCUCGCCAAACGACUCGGGUGCUCCGAGUCGGAGCUGAAGGCUGCCAAUGACACGAUGGAGGAAGUGGUGGCGGGCGUUGCAGUGAGCGUACCCGGAAGUGCGACGCGGCGCCUGACCAGCUUCAGCACCACGCCGUCAGUUCUGCCCCUGCAGCAGGGGGACAGCAAGCCAGCCAUCACGACUUGGCGGAAGGCGGCGGAGGUGCUCGGCUGCUCGGUCGAGGAAUUGCAGCAGGCCAACGGUGCGGCCGCUCUGACCUACAUUGCCGCGGCAGGGUCCGGCGACGGCGCCUUCGAUGCGGGGGUGAAGGAGUUGGUGGUGCCGCACACGGCCACCGCCGCGUUGAUGGAGUCCUCGUUCGCGGCAUUCGAGCCUGUCUUUGAGGGCGACACCUGGACGUCCAUCGCCGCCAGACUGGGUUGCAGUGAGGCGGACCUGCUUGACUGCAACAACGUUGAUGGACCUGUCGCGGAUGUGCUGUCGCGCGCCGCCGUGAGCGUGCCGGCAUGCGCGACACGGCCGCGCCGUAUCAUACAUCCUCAGCUUCGGCCUCAGGCCGCAACGGAUGCCUUGAUGGCGCGAACGCUUGGUGAGCAGGCGGCCAGCGGCAUCAGCGACAUUCCCAGCCUUCCGGCAAAUGCGCACAAGUUUCCGCAUGAGUAUCACACCCCGACCUCGCGCUUCCCCACGACGCCGCAGCAGUCGCCGGCAACCGACAACUGGAUCGCCUACACCGCCAAAUAUCUGGAUAAGCAGCUGGCGCUGCAGGACGAGCCGACUCCGGUGUACAAUGUCAACAAGCUGUGGCCGAUGCAGCAGGUGCCCGGAAAGGUUGAUCAAACCCCGUUUGAGGAGGAUCAGACGUGGCUUAUGCACCCCAUCCCCGUGCAGCAGAUGCAGCAGCAUCACCCAGAGAAGGACCUGCAGGACCUUCCGUUUGUGAACCAUGAGCAGUUCCCCCGAUCGCUGGAGUGGACGGCACCCUAA